CAUUUUGAUUCGUCACCGGUGUCCGGGAAAAAUGGCGUCUGAAGAACAGUGCUCGGUACCACUUCGAUGGCGGUCGAUAUCGCUAACCCACAUAGAGUUCCCUGCUGGUGAUCUGACUGGACAAGUGUUGGCCUACACCAGCCUGCUGCCCAUAGCGAUCCUCGUAGGCUUUGUCACCCUCAUAGUGUUCAAGCGUGAACUGCACACGAUCUCCUCCUUCGGUGGGCUCGUCCUGAACGAAGGUGUGAAUUGGCUGCUGAAGCAUAUUCUACGGGAGCCCCGCCCAUGUGAAGGAGCUCACACAACCCUGACAACAGAGUAUGGGAUGCCCUCCAGUCAUUCCCAGUUCAUCUGGUUUUUUGUUGUUUACUUCUUUCUUUUCCUUUAUUUACGAAUGCAUCAAACGAACAACGCUCGGUGUGUGGAGCUGCUGUGGAGACACAUACUGUCCAUCACCUUGUUGGGCGUGGCCUUAUCAGUGUCAUACAGCAGGGUGUACCUGUUGUACCACACUUGGAGUCAGGUCUUCUAUGGGGGAGUGGCCGGUAGCACCAUAGGAGUAGUCUGGUUCUUCUUCACACAGGAGGUGCUUACACCGCUCUUCCCCAAGAUAGCAGCAUGGCCGAUAUCAGAGUUCUUUCUGGUGCGGGACACGAGUCUGAUCCCCAACAUCCUUUGGUUUGAGUACACAGUGACCAGGUCAGAGGCGAGAAACAGACAACGGAAGCUUGGAACAAAGCUUCAGUGAUCUCAGCAGUUCCUUGGAGAAAUUGAGUAAAGGAACAUGCACACACACUCUCACUCACUCACUCAUUAAAAAACACACUGGAGAAUCAAUUAUCUUCUGGACUGACCUGGUUGAAAUGGUAUAAAGGCCAUCGAUUUACAGGUGGACCAAAAGAGUGUCUGGACUCGGCCCGGAUUCCACAGCCUUAGCAAGUCCGUCCAUAUGCCUCUCCUUGUAUAGCUUGCCGAAAUGCUCCCCCAAUGCAUGCAAGACUGUGCAAGAGGUAUACUAUUUAAUGAUAAAUUAAUAUAAACUCAGCAAAAAAAAGAAACAUCCUCUCACUGUCAACUGCGUUUAUUUUCAGAAAACUUAACAUGUGUAAAUAUUUGUAUGAACAUAACGAGAUUCAACAACUGAGAGAUAAACUGAACAAGUUCCAAUGUCAUGUGACUAACAAAUGGAAUGUGUCAAAAUCAAAAGUAACAGUCAGUAUCUGGUGUGGCCACCAGCUGCAUUAAGUACUGCAGUGCAUCUCCUCCUCAUGGACUGCACCAGAUUUGCCAGUUCUUGCUGUGAGAUGUUACCCCACUCUUCCACCAAGGCACCUGCAUAUUCCUGGACAUUUCUGGGGGAGAACGGUCCUAGCCCUCACCCUUCAAUCUGAUCCAACAGGUCCCAGACGUGCUCAAUGGGAUUGAGAUCCGGGCUCUUCACUGGCCAUGGCAGAACACUGACAUUCCUGUCUUGCAGGAAAUCACACACAGAGCGAGCAGUAUGGCUGGUGGCAUUGUCAUGCUUGAGGGUCAUGUCAGGAUGAGCCCACAGGAAGGGUACCAUAUGAGGGAGGAGGAUGUCUUCCCUGUAACGCACAGCGUUAAGAUUGCCUGCAAUUGCGUGCAGUCCGAUGAUGCUGUGACACACCGCCCCAGACCAUGACGGACCCUCCACCUCCAAAUCAGUCCCACUCCAGAGUACAGGCCUCGGUGUAACGCUCAUUCCUUCAACGAUAAACGAGAAUCUGACCAUCACCCCUGGCAGACAAAACCAUGACUCGUCAGCGAAGAGCACUUUUUGCCAGUAUUAUCUGGUCCAGCGACGGUGGGUUUGUGCCCAUAGGCGAUGUUGUUGCCGGUGAUGUCUGGUGAGGACCUGCCUUAUAACAGGCCUACAAGCCCUCAGUCCAGCCUCUCUCAGCCUAUUGAGGACAGUCUGGGCACUGAUGGAGGGAUUGUGCGUUCCUGGUGUAACUCGGGCAGUUGUUGCCAUCCUGUACUUGUCCCGCAGGUGUGAUGUUCGGAUGUACCGAUCCUGUGCAGGUGUUACACGUGGUCUGCCACUGCGAGGACGAUUAGCUGUCUGUCCUGUCUCCCUGUAGCGCUGUCUUAGGUGUCUCACGGUACGGACAUUGCAAUUUAUUGCACUGGCCACAUCUGCAGUCCUCAUGUCUCCUUGCAGCAUGCCUAAGGCAUGUUUAUGCAGAUGAGCAGGGACCCUGGGCAUCUUUCUUUUGGUGUUUUUAGAUAGUAGAGUCAGUAGAAAGGCCUCUUUAGUGUGCUAGGUUUUCAUAACUGUGACCUUAAUUGCCUACCGUCUGUAAGCUGUUAGUGUCUUAACGACCACUCCACAGGUGCAUGUUCAUUAAUUGUUUGUGGGAAACAAUGUUUAAACCCUUUACAAUGAAGAUCUGUGAAGUUAUUUGGAUUUUUACAAAUUAUCUUUGAAAGACAGGGUCCUGAAAAGGGACGUUUCUUUUUUUGCUGAGUUUAUAUUUUAACUGUAAAAGCACAUGCGCAGAUGGUAACCAUGUACUGUAAGAAAAAGAUUUUCAGAAAAGCCAAGAAAGAGGGCUCUGUCAAGUACAAAUAUUGGCUGAUGUUAAAACAGCAUGAAAUUAGUUAUUUUUUAUAUUGCAUAAUUCUAGGGGGAAACAAGCAAACAUUUUUUUUGGGCUCUUGUAUUACGAAAAAGAGAAUAAAAAAAUAAAAACUUGUGUAAAACGUAAUAUAAACACAUUUGAACUCUGAAAAUGUAAGAAAAAGGUGGAGGAGAAAGAUACCUCUUUCCUGUCUCUGUAUGACUGCCAACCCUAUGUAUUCGUUUCUAAAAUUGACUUACAGGCGUUUAAGCGCUCACAUACUGUACAAGCUGGGGCUAGUUUACCUGCUGUACAGCAACGAAUUCUGGAUUUCUGUUUGUUGGAGAUGAUCGAGAAGCAGAGAAAUAAGCGCCACAACACAAGGGGAAGUGUUUUUCUGCACCUCUUACUCACACAGUGAGCAAAGGAUUGUUUUCUCAACCCCUUUCUCCCUGCAUGUCUGACACCCCAGGAGCAGAAACCUAGGAUUUGUUUCUUUUUUUUCCAUUUUUGUUGCAGUUCGAGAGAACAUGAAAUGGUGGAUUGCCACUUGUCUUUCCAAACAUUCUUUUCACCUACCUUUCCAAAACAUUCCAUAUCUUUUGGUGGAAAAACAAACGAGAUGACUGCUGAGGGAAAAAUGUGUUUUUUUGUUUGUUUUUCAAAGGAAACCUCAGGUCAAUUGUAGCAUUUGAUUACGCUGUGUUCCUCUCGUAAAUGCAACAACUGAUGUUUGAAGCGGUCUGGUGAGGGUCAAAAGCUGAUUUGGAAAUGUCAUUAACUCCAUAAAGGGAAGUAGUUCUCUUAGAUUAUCAUUUUUUUUUCAUCUAGUGUAACCCAUAUCAGGCUGAAUAAAGACAUUUCGUGUUUA